AUGCAAACGGGGAAAGUUACAGCUAAAGAUCCGCCGCCCCCGGACCCGCACAGAGAGUACUUGGACGCCCCGUCCACCGACGAGGAAGAGCAGGGCGUGCGGGAGACCACGCUGAAGCAAGAGGAACUGCGGCCGGUUUACCAUGGCGAGGAGCUGGAGGAAUUGGUAAACUGCGUGAAGGAGAUGACGACUCUCAGCAACGUCACCGAAAUGGACUUCUUCUUUUACCACGUGUCGACGAUCCGGGAUUUCAUUCUGAACCCUAAUAUCGACGUGCUCACGGUGUAUCUCGCCCACAAGAAGCUAAAAGUGUCUCUCGGCUUCCCCGUGUUCCCCGUGCGGGAGCUGAACUACUUCAUCAGGGAGCCGCAAGAGAUACUGACGCCGGACACCUUCCGCGAGCGCAUACUGUUCGGCUCGGUGAACAGCAAAGUCGAGAGCCACGUUCUUUCCCUGGUGCAGAACGUUCUGGCGCCGAUCUUCCUGCCCAUCGAAACCUGGCCCGACAGUAUCCUCCUCUUAACUCGCGUUUAA